UUUCCAUGUGGUCCUGUGUCAGAGAGUGUGAUUGAUGAGUGAAGCUCGAAGAGUGUAUGAAAGGAGAAUACAUCGCUCAGCCUCGCAUCUUCAACAGAGGCCAUGUCGGCAGUCAGCGCACAAGUAGAUAGUGCGAGCAAGUCAGCCAGCAAGAACAAGAAGAAGAAGAAGAGCAAGAAGAAGGCCACCGAUCAGCAGCAGACUGGGGACCAUGGCACGAUCCAGCCACAGCCGAAUGGCGCCAAAGCCGGUGACGACCGCGUAGCAGAGGACGACGACGAGGAGGAAGUGGAAGAGGCGGAUGAUGUUGAUACGGCUCCCACGACGUCCAAGAACCUACAAGCGAAGGAGCGAGAGCACGAAGUCCCCACCCGAAAUGGCAGUAAUCACGAGCCCCCGACAUUGAUACCGACAUCGACGGUAGAGGACGGUACGCGUGCUGAGGAAGAGAAAGCGAUCGGAGAGGAGGAGGACGACGACGAGGAGGAGGAGGAGGACGGCGACAGCACACGUCCCGAUACCACCGCACGCCUGGACGCGAUGCAGCAGGAGCGAGAUAGUCUGCGAGCAGAGGUGACGCAGCUGCGAAAGUCCCUAGAGAGCCUGCAGGAGAAGCACAAGGAGGAGUUGUCAGGCGUGAAAGAGGAGCUGGAGCAGUCGCAGGAAGGCAAGGAGCAUGCGGAAACACAGUACCGCAAUCUCUUGGGCAAAGUAAACACCAUCCGCUCGCAACUGGGUGAACGGCUGAAGGCAGACGCGGCGGAGCUGGAGACGGCGCGAGAGAGGAUCGAGGAGCUGGAGACAGCCAACGCCACAGCGCAACAGGAGGGGGAGCGUCUACAGCAGCAGAUUGCCCGACUGAACGCCAGCCUUGACUCCCAAGUGGCCGAGAUUGAAUCUCUGCGAAGUCGGACAAAUCUGUCGACCAACAACUGGGCCAAGGAGCGCGACGACAUGGUGCAACGAGAAGCGGCUCUGCGAGAAGAAUACGAGGUCGCCAGACAGGCGAUGCAGGACUGGGAAAUCCUGGCCACAGAAGAACGGUCACGGCGCGAAGCUCUCGAGGAGAAGACGCAGGAACUCGAAGAUCAGCUCACCACACAACAGCAGGCCUUCGCCCGCGUUCAAUCCGAGGCGGAGACACAGUCCACGACCGUCGAUGGUCUGCAACGAGCCCUCCGCGACCUGCAAGAAGAGCGAAAACGCGAACUUCGCGAAAUGGUAGAACAAUCUCAAUCACAGCUGGACGCCCUACGAGCCCACACCAAAGCCGCAGAAGAGACAGCAGCAUCUUUCAAGACACAGCUCGAAACGACACAGGCAGAACUCGCACGAGCGGCGCCCUUUGAGAAAGAAGUCAAGGAGAAAAACCUCCUGAUCGGCAAGCUCCGCCACGAAGCCGUCAUCUUAAACGACCAUCUGACUAAGGCUCUCCGCUUCCUCAAACGCGGCAAACCAGAAGAUAAUGUCGAUCGACAGCUCGUCACGAAUCACUUCCUGCACUUUUUAGCCUUGGACCGAAGUGAUCCGAAGAAAUUCCAAAUUCUGCAACUCAUUGCCGCUCUGCUAGGAUGGGAUGAGACACAAAAAGAACAAGCAGGCCUUCUCCGAGCCGGUAGCAAUGGAUUCACCACUUCAUCAUCCUCAUCAUCAUCCACCAUCGCAGGCGGGAGUCUCCGAGUACCCUUGUCCCCUUUUAGACGAACACCCUCGACGCCCACUCUGGGCGAAUUCGUCCCUGACACGCCUGGGAGUGCGAGUCGGGAGAGUCUGGCGGAGCUUUGGAGUGAAUUCUUGGAAAGAGAGGCGGAAGCCGGGAGUGCGGCGGGUGGUUCGAGGAGACCGAGUAUCGCGAGUAGUUCGAGAGGUAUUGGUGGUGGUGGGGCAAUCAGAAGUCCGAGUAUAGGUAGUGUGAUGAGUCCUGCUAGCGAUAGUGGGAGGAGUGGGUUUUUCGGUGCUGGUGCUGGUGCUGGCGGAGGAGGAGCAUCAGCAGCAGGCGCAGCUGGAGGGAGUUUGAGAAGCGUACCGGAACAUAAGAGACAAGAGAGUCAAUCGUAGUAGCAGUAGUAGUGGUGAUAUGAUAUGAAAUGUACUGCACUACAUUGGCAGCCAC